UACCGUCCAGCUACCAGUCCUGGCCGAGUCUCCGGACACAGGACAAAAGAAAGUGGAGAUGAUGCUCUUCCCGGGCCUCUGGUUCAGCCACACGGGCCGUGUGCUCUCCGUGGAGCUAGUGGCACAGCGGAGCGAUCGCCGCUCGUAUGCAAAAGUGCAGAUCCUGCGCCCCUACUGCAGUCCCAACCAACACCUGGUACCCCCCGGCUGCAGCUCCUUCCACAACCCGUUCAGCUGCUGCUCAGCUGAGCCACUGUGCAACACCACGGGCGGCUGUGCCAGCGGGUACUACUGGUGCCACUUGCUGGAGAUCUGUGUCCCCGUUUCCAGCCCCUGCAGCCCCUAUGCCUCCGAGACCUCGGGUCAGGCCUUCUCCUUGCCGCCACGCUACCCUGCCGCCACCCCCUUCUACCACCUGGUGGCAGACUUGCCGCUCCACUUGCCUCCAAGUUCGGAGCACGUCCACGUAAAUAUGAUGCUCUCAGAGAAGGAGAUAAAUGUGUAUCCAGACGACAUCUUGGCUGUCCAGCACACCGGGCAGGAGGAAGGCUUCCUGCAUUGUCCUCAAAGCUCCACGUCACCCUGGCGCCAGAGCUACUUGUCCGUCCCAGGGCCGGAGUGGGGAGGCUGGCUGGAAGGCGGUCUCACGGUUGUGCCAGCUGGGGCACAGUGGCUGGACGGGGUGGUGUGUGACCUGCGUGUCCUCUACGCCGACACAGUACACGGCUACGCUGUCUCCUCAGGGCAGAGUGAGGCCGGACACCAAGUCCACACCCGCAUGGGGACCGUGAGUCCCUCAAGAUCCGCUGAGCCCGGGGGGUUGCCGAACACGGUUAUGGAAGUUGCCUUCGUACACCCUGCGCCAAACAGGGAGGGCCAAAUCCACAUCCCAGUCAAUACACCCACCAUCAUUGUAAUCAAAAUUCGGUCUGGGGCCAACGCUACCAGUUUCUGGUCUGACCCAGUGUCCCAGACAGGAGUGCCCUUCCUGCCAUCCUGCCCUCUUCCGCUGGCAGAGUUCAGCCUUGCCUGCAACAGAGAGACCCCAGACACCUUGUUUUCUCACACCUGGGUGGUGUUGUCUCACCCGGGGUCCCGCAUACUCAACAUCAGCGUGUUGAGCCAAACGGGCUCCCGGAGCGUGUCCGUCCAGCUGCGGGCGCACCGGUCGGUCCUGGGGCUCAGCGUGCUGCCACGUGGGGACCAGAGGAUGCUGGUGAACAUUCCUCAGGUGUUCACCGCAAUGGUGCGCAGCGGCACUCCAGUGGAAUACACCUGGGUCAUUGACAACCUCACCCAGUUUGCUUACAAAGGACAAAUUUACAGUGUGGUCUUUAAUAAGCCAGCCGAGUACAAGCUUGUGGUGACAGCACAGAACCCCGUGAGCUCACAGUCUCUGGAGGUGAAGCUCACAGCGGACAACAUGAUCCCGUUGGCUGAACCCACCUUCCUGUCAAUCAGAGAAAUCAUGCCAGUCGAAACUCCACAGCUUUUCACCUUUCGGGUCAAAGUGGACGUCUCUGUCGGGGUCACAUUCUGGUGGGAUUUUGGUGAUGGCAGUCCAGGUAUGAAUCAUUCUUUUCCGUCUGCUGAUGAGUCCAGAGAUCGACAACUGGAGCCUGCAGAGAAACAGAUCUACCUGCAGGAUUCCGUGAGCCACACCUACCUACAGCCAGGUGAUUAUGUAUUGAGGGUCCAAGUCUUCAACAUUUACGACAAGACCGGGAAGGACACAUUGGUGAAAGUGCGAAGUCCACUGACCAAGCUGCUAAUUUCUUCUACGCCUCCUGUUCCUAUUGUCAACCAGACCUUUCACCUAGAAGUUCUUCCAUGGCCUUCCUCAUGCGGAAUCCUCUACACGUGGAACUUUGGAGGAAGUAUCCAGGAAGUGACAGGAGUGAAUCGCACAGUCAGCUAUGCAGAGCGAGCAGCUGGCGUAUACAAUGUGACAGUCAGGGCCAACAACACAGUGUCAGUGCUGACUACCUGGAUGGCUUUGGAAAUAGUGGAGAAAAUCUCUGGUUUCCAGUUGAGUUACAAUGGGCCAAAUGAGUUGGGUUCCAGCACUGUCAUAAGAGGCAAUGUAUUAUCUGGCACUAGUCUCCAUUGGACAUAUGACAUGGGUGAUGGGAGUUUGUUUGAAAACAUCAGUGAGAGCUCUAUAUCCUACACCUACAAGUCUCCAAGGAAUUACUCUGUCAGAAUAACGGUGAAAAAUGCGGUAAGUCAGGUGGCCCAAUCAAUCAUCGUUGAGAUCUACGAGCUGACAAUCAGUGAGAUCCUACCAUGUGGUUGUUUAGAAAGUGGCCGUGAGAUUUAUUUUAGAGCAAUAGUGUCAGCGAUCGAGGCCAAAUUGACGUUUUGCUGGAAUUUUGGAGAUGGAACUCCAGAGACUGAAAUCCGAGGGAAUUCCACUGCUUCUCACAUGUAUUCCCUUCCAGGGAGCUAUGAAACCACUGUGAAGGUUUUUAGUUCUGUGGGGUUUGCUUUUUAUAGAAAGUAUAUAUGCACUGAGGCCCCCAUUACAGCUGUAAAUCUACAUUCUUCUAAAGAAGCAGUUGCAGUGGGUGAGGAAGUUUGUUUCAACACUUUUCUUCAUCCACAGUUGGACAAGUUGCACAGGUACCAGUUCCUGUGGAACGGCUUUGAUAACAAUUCAUUUGUCAGAGGACCUUCAAAUAAUUGUUUCGUGUUUAAAGAAGACGGGAAUUACCAGAUCACAGUGGAGGCAAGAAACAAUGUCAGCACCAAGAGAGCCAAAGCUUCUGUCGUUGUCCAAAAGCCGGUACUGAGCCUGAGUGUGAAAAAUGCAACUCACCAUGGUGCAGUGGUGGCUAACAGGUCUUAUUUAUUUUGGGUAGAAACUUCCUCUGGUACAAAUGUAACUUUUCUCUGGGACUUCGGAGAUGGAUCAUCUAGGACGCAAGGUGAAAACGUUUCUCAUGUUUUCACAUCGGCAGGACAGUUCGAAGUCUUUGUCACUGCUUUGAAUGCAGUGAGUCGACUUUCUCUGAAAUUGGAGGUGACUGUAAUGGUUCCUUUGUCAAACUUAAGACUGCAAGUCACAAAGCCAAUUGCAGGAGUAGGAGAGGAGAUACUAAUAACUGCAGUGACUGAUGUCAUGAAAAAUGUUAGUUUCUACUGGUCCGUAGAGCCUUCUAUCCCAGCCAAGUUGGGAACAUCUAAUUUCACUUAUGCCUUUCCCAGAGCAGGUAUCUACCACGUACAUGUAACUGCAGAGAAUACUGUCAGCAAACAGGUGGCUACAGCUACAAUUGAUGUCUUGGAGCAUAUAAAAGGCGUUCAGAUUACAAGUGAGAGUCUAAUUUCAAUGAAGUAUUUACCAACUCAGGAGAACGUGCUUUUGACUGCAUCAGUAACAUCUGGCUCCGACUUGACAUAUUCCUGGCUCGUCUACCACAGCGGAAAAAACAGGUCUGUGCAUGAUGGAGAAAAUUUCCAACUGUUCGCGGAAGCUCCUGGAGAUAUUUGGGUGGAGCUGACGGUCUUCAACAAGCUAGGGGAAGUUAACACCACUGUUUCGCUCAGAGCGGAGGAGCGCAUUUCAGGAGUAACAGUUCACGCAACAGGAGAUGCAGUGGCAGUAGGCAAACCCGUGGAGAUCUCAGUAAGUGUGAGAACUGGAAGUAACCUCCAGUAUCUCUGGUACGUGGGCACAAGUGUACUUCCCAUGCAAUCAGCGCUUCCUUUUCUUCUACACAUUUUUCAGGAUAUUGGAUCUUCUGUCAUCAAAGUAUCAGUAAGCAAUGCACUUGGAUCCAGUGAAGCUAUGAAACUGCUCACAGUACAGGAGGAAGUUCAAGAGGUUAACUUCAAAAUCAAUGGCAAAGAAUGUCCAUUCUUUGUCACAUCAGAUUCUGAGCUGGUUCUCUUGGGUUCCGUUAAGAAGGGUAACUAUCUAAAUUGGGCAUGGAAAAGUUUCUCAAACAACACAGGAUUUACUGUUCUCGGAAACAAACAAUCAGUUCUGUACUCCUUCUCAGAUCCAGGAGUUUACAAGUUGCUACUCAAUGCCUCGAAUGACAUCAGCUGGCAAGUAGUUUCUCAUGAAAUUAUCGUCCAGGAAGCAAUCCGUGGUUUGUCUUUAAGUAUAAAUAGCUAUACGGUCUGUUCGGGCGACCCUAUCAUCAUUAGGUUGACUACCUUAACAGGAAGUGAUGUAGUUUUUUCUCUACAAUUUGACAACUCAAACCUACCGGUUAAUCUAGACCAAAAGGACUUUAUAACAAAGAACUUAUCUGUGGGAAGCCACACAGUUACAGCUAGAGCCUGGAACCAUGUGAGCACCUGUGCUGUGAACGUGACUGUCACAGUGGUGGAGAAGAUCUUGGGGCUGAAACUGGUCAACUGUUGCACUGAAGCUCUGGAGUCCCGGAAGGAGAUCAGCUUUGAAGCUGAAGUUCUUAAUGGAACGCCAACAAUGUACCACUGGACGUUCGGUUUAAUGGGAUUCCAGCCUUGGCGAUCUGUGGGACCAAAGGUCCUGUAUUCCCCUCCAAGCAAUGGAUCGCUGGUUAUACAUGUAGAAGUCAGCAAUGGAUUUUGCUCACUAUCCUUAAACAAAACACUAAGCGUAAGGUGGCCUGUUCGCACUGUCCGGCUAGUAUCAAACUCAACUGUAGUGUUCACUGGUGAUACAAUUGCCUUUUCUGCCAUAACAGAUCAUGGAAGCAAUCUAAGGUAUAAAUGGGAAUUUGGAGACACAGCUGAGGCAACAUUAAUUACUGAUUUUCAUACAAUGAGUCACAGGUUUAAUCUUCCUGGUAGCUAUGUUGUGCAGGUUACAGUGUUCAAUAACAUCAGCCAAGUUGUAGCACAACUUUCCAUUGAGGCCAAGAAACUGGAAUGCAUCGUUCCUCGAGUCUCCCUGAUUCAGAAACAAUCAGUGAUCAUCAAAUCCAGGCCUAGCCACUUCGAGGCCAUUGUGGACCUCCAAGGGUGCGUUGCAUACAAGGCAAGCCACCUGUGGGAAGUCUUCCUGGCUCCAGGAUGCAAGGAACGGGACAGUGUUCCAUUGGUGGGUGUGUCAGGUGUGAAUGCACCAAUGCUCACCCUCCCUAAGCACGCCCUGACUGUAGGCUCCUACUGUCUAAGGUUCACUGCAGUUCUUCUGGGGACUCCUUUGCUACAGGAGCGCACCAUCACAGUCAACGUAGUGCACAGCGAGCUGGUGCCCCUCAUCAAGGGAGGGUCACACAGGCUCUGGUCAAACCAUACAGACUUGCUUCUAGACGGCACUGAGUCACAUGAUCCCGAUAGCGAACCUGGAAAUGGAGAGCCCCUGCAGUUCUUUUGGGAUUACUCAGCUCAGAACACGGUGACUCCGACAUCCCUCCAGUCCCAGACUCCGAGAAAUUGCAGCACCUUCCUGGUCCCCCGUGAGCUGAUGCACCCUGGCAGUAUGCACCUGUUCACUCUCACUGUUAAAAAAACAGGGAGACAACCUGCGUCCACAAGUCAGUCUGUGGUGGUGCAGGCCGACCGGACGCUGUCUGUGAGCGUGGCUUGUGUCUCUUGCGGUUCUCUCUCCUCUUUGCGGUUCAACUACGGCCGUCCUGUUGCUCUCUCUGGAUCGUGCCCCUCCUGCAAUGGCAGCUUGCAGUACAAGUGGUCAGCUAAGAGCUGGAACGGCGAUGUGUUGAAGCUCAGUGAGGUCACAACCACCACAGGGGACAUCUCUCCAGACCUGGUGGUAAGACCAGGCAUUCUGCUGGGUGAGCUCAGCUACACCUUCACUCUCAAUGUGUCUGAACGUGGCCUUGGCAUCUGCGGUUCAGCCAGCCUCACUCUGCUACCCAACCGCCCUCCCCAUGGGGGGGUGUGCACGUUAACUCCAGAAGCAGCCGUUCAUCUCCUGGAGACCAUGGUGAUUUACAAUUGCUCAGGGUGGAAGGAUGAUGAUGGUGACGCAGCCCAGUUGAUUUAUGCCUUGAAGGUGGAGGUGUGCGAGGAAUACAGGCGGUCUUGUAAUCGCCACACCUUGUACAGGGGCACCCAACAAAACCAUGGGACUUUUGUCCCUCUGGGCCACUCUGUCCACAGAAGCAUUCGGUCUGUCAUUACCGUACUGGUGCAGUUAGAAGACAACCUGGGUUCCACUGUCACUGCACUGAACAGGACAUUGACCAUCCUUCAACCCAAAGCAGAGCACAUGACUACUGGUUGGUUGAGGAACAAGAGUCAGUCAGAGCUUUGGACUCUCAUUCAGCAAGGAAAGCCCCAGGAAGUCAUAUCCUACUCCAUUGCUCUAAGCAGCCAGCUCAGCCAGGUGGAAGAUAUCAGCGAGCAGGACCAAGAGAACAGGAUGGCCAUUCUCAGGAAUAUGACAGAGACGCUGGCCUCACUGCCUGUGUCAUCGCUGCAGGAUGCCGCACGGAUCAGCUCCGCUCUGGCACGGUGCAGCCCCUAUCCGAGUAAGCUGGCAUGUGAAGGUUGUCAGGAGAAGGUUCUGGAAGCUACGGCGAAGAUGAUCACCGUGAUUGGGGAGCAGGCUGAACCGGGCGAGAUUACACCCAUCGAGGCUGGCGGGAGUAUUCUACAAGUGCUGGGCAGCAUGAUAGCUCUGGGCGUAGAGCCCUCGACCACCUCUGUACAGCACAAUCGAUCUGAGCUCCCAGUCGCCACGGAUACCGCAGUGACCGCCUACAGUCAGGUGGGGGAGCUGAUGCGUUCACUUAUGCGCUCUCGGAUGCGAGGCGAGGAGGCUCUGGCCCUGCGUGGUCCACGGAUCAGCGCCACGGGCAGGCGCAGCGACCCGGCAGGCCUCCUGUGUUCCGAGCCCUCGGACACGUGCCCCUUCUACGUCCCGCCGAGUCUGGGCGACCGACUGCGGGCCGAGAGGGAAGAGGUGGUGCAGAUCCUCGUGGACCUCGAUAGCGGUGGUGCCCUCUUGUCGGAUGUCCAGCCGCCCAUCUCCACCACGCUGGCCGCCAUGGAGUUCCUCACACCUCAGGGAAGGCCUAUUCCUGUCGAGAACCUCCCUCCGGACCAGGCCAUCCAUGUUUUGCUGCAGAACCGUCUCCCCGCUCGAGGGCGAGACCAGCUGAGCAAGGAGGCCACUACUCUGGACCUCGUGCUUCAACCUGAAGGAUCCCUCAACUUUUCCGUGAGAGCUGUGGAGACAGAGCCCGAUGGCGGUCUCUUCAUCGCCUUUAAUUUCAGUCUGCUUCCAGGGAGUGGUUUCGAGGUCAGUGGCCAGGUGACCAUCGUGGUGGGCACGCAACCAUUCCCCUCUCACUCCCAGCAUGCCUACAAGCAUGAGCUGCCCAUCUUGCUCAGCACUGCCUCUCCGGCGCUGGAGGAAACCAUCUUCCUCACCCCACUGCGGAACCGCUCUGGACAGGAGCUCUAUGUGAGCCUCAACAGCUCCCUGAAUGGGCGCUCCGCUCAGCUCUCCGUGCGUGUGUUCGGCUCCCUGUGCCGCUACUUCAGCACGGCAGAGCGGCGCUGGAGCAGCGAGGGGCUCCGGCCACUGAGCGGAAGCAGCCGUCGUGAGGCACACUGCCUCACCCGGCACCUCACCGCGUUCGGGGCCAGCAUCUUCGUUCACCCGGACGCCGUCGUGCUGCUCCCGCCGCCAGCUAAGCCGUCCAGGAAUGUGGCUGUAGGACUUGUGUGCGGGUUUCUCCUGCUGCUACACCUGCUCAUCGCUCUGAUCGCUCACAAACUGGACCACCUGGACGGCGCUCGACUGAGCUGCGUCCCGCUCUGCGGACACCCGGGUCGCUACCAAUAUAGAGUUUUGGUCAAGACUGGCUGGGUCAAGGGAUCGGGCACCACAGCCCACGUGGGUCUAAGCCUCUACGGCCUGAAUCGGAGUGGCUCGCGCCACCUGCGGCAGGAUGGAGCCUUUCAGAGGAACGGUCUGGACGACUUUCAGCUGGAGACCGACGCCAACCUCGGGGAGAUCUGGAAGAUUCGCAUUUGGCACGACAAUACAGGACUGGACCCAUCCUGGUACCUGCAGCAUGUGGUUGUGUGGGACCUGCAGACGGACAACAUGUUCUUUUUCCUCGUGGAGGACUGGCUGUCUGUGGAGAACGAGAAGAACGACGGCAUGGUGGAGAAGGAGGUACUAGCAUCCUGCCCACAGGACCUGCGGCAAUUCCGACGGAUCCUGCGAGCUCAGUUGACUCAUGGGAUGUUUGAACGGCAUAUUUGGGUGUCGCUGUGGGAGCGCCCGGCCCACAGUGGCUUCACGCGCACUCAGAGGGUGACGUGUUGCGCACUCGUACUGCACCUCUACCUGGCUGCGUCUGCCGUCUGGUACGGUGCUGUCGGGAGCACAGCCAGCAGCGGUCCCGUUUCAGCCCGGCUGCUGGUGAACGCAGAAGCUCUGGCGACUGGCAUGACGGUGGCCGUCCUGAUAUUUCCCCUUCAGCAGCUGUUCUGCUUCCUGUUUCGGAACACGUGCAGCAAGGUAACGGUCGAGGAGUCGGCACCACCAAGUCCCGUGUGUCACACCGUUGAGAUGGAUGUGCACCUGGACCACCUGAAGAUGACUAGCUCCUCCUUCCUGUCCUUGCCCAGAGGACUGGACUCCGUUUCGGAUGCAGGAUUCCCGUCCACAGAGUCACUGGAAAGUAAGAAUGUAGAAUACGCCUGUUGGAAUACCGCAGAACAGAGGAAUGAAAGAACGGACUUGUGGAUGUCCUCCGACAGUAUCUUCGACGUCCCAGAGCUGCUGGCGGCCCCACCCCUGGCUCAGACACGAUUGCUGAAGAGGAAGAAGGCCCAGCUGCAGCUGUACCUGGGCUCCCCAGCUGGCUUCUCAGGACAGGUCCAAUCUGACCAAGCUUUCGCACACAGCCUAUGGGAGAACCAUCUCACACUCUUCGAGGAGGAUCCGAUCGAGUCUGUAGCUCCAGAGCUGAGCAGCAGCACACCUUCAGACAGAGUGACGUCGGACAGUAGCCGCCGCUCCCCCUGCAGGACUGUGCUGUCCGACACGCGAUGGAGCUCCUGCAGCGGCUUGUCGGAACCUGACCAGGACAGACCUCCGUAUGGGUCCAGGCUCCACAGGCCGGUCUCUUCCCUCUCCAUGUUCAGCACAGCCAGCACCUUCCUGCCCAGCCCAUCCCCGGACUCUGUGGGGUCCGCCUCUGUUACGCGCAUUGGUGUUGCCCGCAGUGCCCCCAGCUGGCGAUUCCCACCCUGGAUGCUAAUGGUGACAUACCUGCUGGCUGGGCUCGUGCUGGGGGGCUGCCUGGCCCUCAUAACACUUUAUGGCAGCAGUUUCUCUAAUUCCAUCCUGCUAAUGUGGCUCAUCUCAGCUGUCUCAGCUUUCCUGACCUCCGCUUUGCUCCUGGAGCCUCUCAAGGUGUGUGUCCAGGCACUCUUCCUGGCUGCAGUUGUGAGGCCAGUGGAUCCAGAGGUGGAGGAACGGCUGAGCCAGGAGCCAGCGGUGAAGAGAGGGCCUUUGGAGCAAGGGGACAAAGUGCGCCCCCCAUGUGGAUAUGGCCUACUUCAUGCCAAGGAGGAAGCCCACAAGGUCCGGGCCUUGAAGUCACUGAUGAAGAGCUGCAUGGUGCACAUGCUCUUCCUGUUGGCUAUUCUGCUGGUAAACUACCAGAACACUGUCCAGGACACUCAGGUCAGGCUGUUGCGCUCUGCUGUCACGCGCUCUCUGCUUUCAGCUUCGCCCGGGACCCAAAGCCUCAGAAGUCUGGCAGGGUGGACUGAGGUCUGGCAGUGGAUGGACAGGACUCUUGUACCGCACCUCCACCAGAGCCCCAUGCUCUGCCUUGUGGGGUUGCCACGGCUACAGAGAAUACAGUCUCAGGACAGCUGCUGUGCUGAGGCCGGGCCCUACGGAGGAUCUCGCAGCGCCUCGCUAAUGCCGCCCGUCUCUGCUUCCUCACAAACCCCACCUGUGCACCCGAGUGCUUCAGCCCUUUACACCAGCUCUAAACACCGCCUCCUUUCCUGGGUGUGGCCACCGUGGUUUUGUAGGAAUGAGGGUGGAUCAGAGGACAUUGUGGAUCUGGGGAACAGCAGUGAUGCCACACGCCAGAUCCUGACCGACGCGCAGUCGGCACACUGGCUCUCCGCCACGACUCGGUCAUUGUCUGUAGAGUUCACACAGUACCACAGAGAAACCUCUGUCUUCAUCUCCGUUACCGUGGUACUCGAGUGUUCGUGGAUGGACACCAAGCCCUCCAUCUCAGUCCAUCCUUUUCUUGUUCCACCGUCCUCCUCAGGCCCCGACUUACAGGUGGCCCUGCUGGUGCUCCUGCUGUGUUUUGCUCUGUCCUUCUUGGGCAGUGAGCUCUGGGCGGUGGUCAGGGGUCAGGGACAAGGCUGGUGCUCCCUCCAUCUCCUAGUGUCCCUGCUGUCCCUGGCAAGCGCGGCGCUACGACUCUCCUUCUUGUCUGCAACGUCCUCCAGUCUAUCCCGCCUCCGCUCUGCGCCGCAGACCUUCGUCAGCUUCCGCAGCUCUGCCCUGCUGGGCCAGGCGAGCGCUCAGCUCUCUGCCCUGCUGCUCACACUGUUGAUUCUGAAGAUGGCGGGUGCGCUGCGGUUUGUGCGCCGCUGGGUCGUGUUUGGCCGGGUCCUGCAGGCGACCUGGAGAGACUUGUGCUGGGCUGCCGUUCUCCUGGUGCUCCUCUUGUUGUUCUUCACACACAUCGGCUGCCUGCUGUUCUCCAGCUCAGUGGGGGGUUUCAGGACAGCAGGCCAAGUCUUCCUCACCCUGAUGUCAGCUCUGCGUGGGCGAGGAGGCAUGAGGCAGCUCUGUGAGCGCCACCCAGUGCUGGGGGUGCUAUAUUGGCUUUCUCUGCUGGGUGCAAGCCUCUGGCUGCUGGGCCGGCUCUGCGGGGCUGUGCUGCUGCACUCCUACAGGACAGUACAGGCAGAGAUGUACUGGCCCACUAUUGAGACCCAAGAUUACCAGAUGGUGGAGUUCUUCAUUAAGAGACUCAAGCUCUGGAUGGGUCUCAGUAAGACUAAAGAGUUCAGACACAAAGUAAAAUUUGAGGGGAUGGUGUCCCCACCAUCCAGGUCCUCCCAGGGCUCCGAGUUCUCCGGGUUCUCAGAGGACCACAGCCCGUCCAGUCUUAGGCUGGCUUCCGCGACAUCUCUGGGAUCUGAGGACUCGGGCUUGUCUGAGAACUACGACAUUCAGUCCUACCUUGACCGACUGCUUCCCGCUGUCAAUGCCCUACUGUCGCAGUUUGAUCGGGUGAACCAGGUGACAGAUAACCUGUGCCACCUGGAGCAGGAGUUGCUGAGGGCACAAAUCAGGAUUUCCCAAAGACAGCGGCAGCAGGGAGUCAGAGUGAGCGAUGCGUGGAGGAGAUCGUUACCAUCAGCAUCUCCGCAAGCCUUCCCCCCUCGGUCUUCCUCAGUUCGAAAAUCUCCUCUCCCAUGCUCCUUUGCUCGUGUUCCAGCCCUCCCUCGCACACCCACUUCCCCACUGGAGGUGCCUUUCCCUUGGCAGUACCCACAUCUCGUAAAAGCAGUGAACAGUGCCCCGGAGAGCAGCAACGGGCCGGUACGCAGGGUCUCCGGCACAGACGCCGGGGUCGGACCGGUCCCGGUGCGCCGAGCCUGGCACUCAAGCACCUCCCACUCGGCAGACGUAGCCCAGAGAACUGCCCAGGCCACUGGCAGCAGCCCGCGGGCGCGUCCCAGGAGCGAGGAGGGCAAUAGGAGGCCGGUCUGCGAGCACGUCCCCGUGAAGAGGAGAGCCUGGCAUCCCGAGGGGGAGACGGGGAAGGACUGAACGUACAGGCGAAGUUUCCAUGGCAACUGCCAGCGACUUUGCGAGCAAGACAAAGGGAAAUCCCAGACAGGCACCGUUGUUUUGCCUCGGCCUGGCAGUGGUGGAAAACGGUGCCAAAACCAACAUCAGUGUGACCGCCGCAUAAUUUGAUGC